GGGAAUCUUAAUCGUUACAAACCUGUUGGUCUUUACAAGAAUAUAGUAAGAAUGAGUGGCUCCGGAAAGCCUUUGCUUGGUCUUUGGCUUUACCGAAGCGGCGAAGAUUGGAGUUACAAAGAAGAUUGUCCUCUUCAAACUGCUGCGACGGGAGCUAAUCAGGCGCUAAACGAGGAACCAAAACCGAAAGUCGAGAAAAUCUCUGUAAUCUUCACCCUAAAAAACCAAGUCGGAGGUCUGGUCCGUGCCCUUCAGGCUUUCCAAGACCUCGGCAUCAACGUAAAUCACAUCGAAUCUCGUCCAUCGCAACUUGCCGAUAAUCAGGUCGACUUCUUGGUGGAUAUUGACACUGAUCAGCGUAAAUUAGAUCAGUUAGGGCGUCUACUCAAACGAGAAGUGCAAACUAUGGUCAUAGGAACUUAUGGAAACGGUGAAGAGAACGAAUUCCCUCCUCCUACUCCAUUAUCGGCAACUACGAGCUUCGAUUUUGAUGACAUGCCUUGGUUUCCGAAGAAAAUCUCAGAGCUUGAUCAAGCACAAAAUGUGCUAAUGUAUGGAGCUGAGCUUGAUGCUGAUCAUCCAGGGUUUAAAGAUCCCGUCUACAGGAAAAGACGAGAACAGUUCUUUAGAAUUGCAAUGAAUUAUAAACAUGGGCAGCCAAUACCGAAGGUUCAGUAUACUCCAGAAGAAAUAAAAACGUGGGGAACCGUCUUCCGUGAACUUCACAAACUUUACCAGAAGCACGCCUGUCGAGAGUACUUGGAAAAUUGGCCUCAGUUGGAAAAAUACUGCGGCUAUCGAGAGGACAAUAUCCCACAACUGGAAGACGUAAACGUAUUUCUAAAGCGAAAAACGGGCUUUCAACUGCGCCCAGUUGCUGGCUACUUGAGUCCAAGAGAUUUUCUCUCUGGCUUAGCUUUCCGUGUCUUUCACUGCACCCAAUACAUCCGACACUCUUCAGACCCGUUUUACACUCCAGAACCAGACUGUUGCCACGAAUUAUUGGGCCACAUGCCUUUGCUUGCGAACCCAAGCUUUGCCCAGUUUUCCCAAGAGUUGGGUUUGGCCUCACUUGGAGCUUCAGAAGAGGAUGUUAACAAAUUGGCUACAUUGUAUUUUUUCACGGUUGAGUUUGGUUUGUGUAAACAAGAAGGCGAAAUGCGCGUUUAUGGUGCAGGUCUUUUAAGUUCAGUUGCAGAACUCCGGCACGCUAUUAACACUCCGGAAAAAAUAAAACGUUUCGAUCCGGACGAAACCGUUAAACAGGAAUGCAUAAUAACGUCGUUUCAGCUUGGUUAUUGGUACACUGAUUCGUUUGAAGAAGCUAAGGAGAAAAUGAGAACUUUUGCCGAACAAAUUCAGCGGCCGUUCGGUCUGCGUUACAAUCCGUACACUCAGAGUGUGGAAGUUUUGAGCAAUGAGCAGAAAAUUACAGCUGUGGUUUCGGAAUUACGAGGCGAUUUGUGUAUUGUAAACAGUGCUUUGAAGAAAAUUAGCGCUCGGCACUCGAACUUGGAUGUUGAUAAAAUUGCUAAUCUCCUGCAAACUGGACUUGCUACCUCAAAUGGCGAAGACAAUCAAAAAUAAUUUAGAAUUAAGCAAAGUUAUUUGUGGACCAGAUUAUAUGUGAGUAGUUGUUGGCAGUUAAUAAAUAUUCAUGAUCAAAAA